AUGGCGGCGCCUCUAGCCAAAAGGGUGUGCAGAGGAGAUCUGAAUGAUCUAAGAACAGAAUUGUAUGAAGCUUCUAUAAAUGGAGAUACGGCCUUGAUUAACAAUCUUCUUCAGGAGCUGAGCAGCAGUGAACGAGAUUCCAUAUUAAAACCAGCUGAAGUUAAUUCAAGCGAUGACAUCGCCUUUCACAUGUUUGAAGAGGCUACUGGCUAUGGCAAUUUAAAUGUGAUGAGCUGUUUGGUGGAGAACGGAGCGGAUGUUAACGUUCGUUCGAAGAAUUGCCAGCGCACGCCAUUGAUGAGUGCCAGCGAAUUUGAUGAGCUAGAUGCAGUAAAGUUCCUCGUGGAACACGAGGCGUUACAAAUCGAUAAUUUCGAUACUCGAUAAAAUCGAUUGUAAUCGAUAAUUUUCGAUACUAAUUACUUGAUUAAUAUCGAAAAUCGAUAGAAAUCGAUAGCGGAGGUUUUUGUGAUUAUCGAUUUUGAUCGAUUUUAUCGAUUUCUGUAAUUAUAGUUCGAUUUUAAUCGAUUUCUAUCGAUUUCUAUCAAAAAUAUCGAUUUCGUCAAUGGAACUCAGACAAAGAAGAAGACAGAGCUUAAAAGCAAGGAACAAAAGGCAAAUGGAUAUCGUAAGGCCAAAAAACGGGAAAUAGUACCCGUUCUUGAUAUUUCCUGUCAAGGAAACGACGAUAAAAGACUGAAAGCAGUUAAAAGACCGGUAUAGGCAGUUAAGGACGGACGAGACGUAAAGUUAACCCUAGCCGGUCUUAAACCGCAUGCGGUUUGUCGGUGGCUUCAACGUACUGUACUCUGGAGUUAACACAUACGCUUUCUUUAUCCCACACCUUGAGUCGAUAAUAUAAAAUACCUUUAAUCAGCCUUAAUGUACUGUAAACAAACUACAAAGGUUUUUAAAACUGUAAUAAUAAUGCACUUGUCGCUAGACUCAAAAAUUGAAACAUGCUCAACGAUAACGAGAGAAAAAAAACGCAAAAACGAUGCUCGUUCAGUUUGUAGCAGUACGCCACGUUUACCAGCGUAAACAAUUCCACUGGUGUUCUUACGCCGCUUACACAGUGUGCUGUCGUUUUCGUCCGAGCUACGAGUCUAAAAACUCAGAAAAAUUGCUUCAAAUGCGAAUGAGUUAUCUGGUUAUCACAGAUUAUCGCCAAGACUGGAAGAGGUUUUGACGUUCAGUUUUCGGUAAGAAAGAAAAAAGUUCCUUGAUUCUAAAUUGACUUGAUAUAAUUUUUUUUUCAAUGUCCUCAAUCGACCGGAUAAAUCGAUAAAAUCGAUAAUCUCGGUCUAAGUCUUGUGAUUAUCGAUUUCUAUCGAUUAUUUUAGCUAAUCGAUUAACAAUUAUCGAGUAUUAUCGAGUAAUAUCGAGUAAUCGAUUAGUUUUCGAUGAUCGAUUUCUAUCGAUUUGUAACGCCCUGGGAACACGGUGCGAGAGUUGAUCUUCAAGACAGAAGGGGCGAAACAUGUCUUCACCACGCUGCAUCGCAAGGAAGUGUCGCCUCACAUGAACUGUUGAGAUAUUUGUUGGAUCGUGGAGCUGACAUUAAUGCUUUAACAAAUGACAAAGACACUCCCCUGAUUCUUGCAGCCAAGAACGUGGAAUAUGUGGCAUUUGGAUUUCGAUCCUCGGAGACCCAGGGGCAGUCAGUCGGGCCGGGAGAAAAGGCGCUACAAAAGUUUUCAAGUACAAGCGGAAAAGCCCCUGGGUACCGAGUCUCACCGGACCAUUUCCAAACGGUCAAGCGAAUGCUGGUUCCUGAUUGGGCACAAAAAAUGCUUUGUAUUAUUGUGCCCAAUCGGCAAACAGCAUCUCCUGAGUUCUUUUCGUGAAUUCGUACACGACGGCUAUUAUCUCGCCACAGUUGCCCGGUUCGUUCACCAAGCUUUCCUAACCAGAAACGAAGGAACUACCGAUGCUAUCAGCAGGAGCCAAUUUGCGCUGAGAAAAUUCUGUUUCUGACGGAUCACAAUGUAUCGUAAAUAAUAGGAAGUUUAAGAUGAAGCGGCGACGAGAAAGUAAAAAAAGGAAUAGCUUGACAAGGCAAAACAACAACUUUGCACGUGCAUCACGCUUUUUUGCAUAUACUGUAUUUCUUUGCCGUCACUGUACGACUACCACGUGAAAAUGCCUAAUUUCACGUUUUGUGAAGGACGUAAACAAGCAAUGACAAAAUUUUUUUUCUCUUUAUGAACUUGGAUAUGGUUGAUAGAAAUUCAAUUCCAGAAGAGUUCGCUUGCAUUUGACAAAGUAAGUGAGUUCGGAAUAAUCACGAUAGAGACUGAAAAAAUGUGAGUUCACUCUUCAUGCGACGUUUUCGUGGUUGUCAGCUGUCGCGGCAAAUUAAACUCCCUAAUAUUUACGAAGGCGUGAUCGAUGCAAGCGUGAAUACAGUGGUUGUCUUUACACUAUCCUGUUAAGUAAGACUUAAGAGCUGCUAAGUUUUACAUAACCAAAAGUGCGCGUGUGAAGGCCUAAGCAAAAUCUCAGGUAACUUCACUUUGCAUCUCAUUAAAACCGACUCAGCGAACUUGCGGUUUCCAAGCUUUGAGAAAGGCGAAGCAUGUCAAUCAAUCUUAAUUACGUUGCGUGGGAAAACCUGAAGUAAAAAAGAUAGGUUGUGUGUGAAGCUUUCUUUUACUUGAAGAAUUUUAAAUUUUCUUGUCUUGAAAUAUUUGUUAGCUUAUUUAGCCUCUAGUGUUAAGACUAGCAGUAUUUUGAAAUGUAGCAUUUAUAUCAAACUGAAAGAUUCCUGACUGCGUGCAUUUCUUCGGUGCAUGAGCCAGACAAGCUGUGAUCGAGUCAACAGCCGUCGUGUACAAACUCACGAAAAGAACUCAGGAGAUGCUGUUCGCCGAUUGGGCACAAUAAUACAAAGCAUUUUUUGUGCCCAAUCAGGAACCAGCAUUCGCUUGACCGUUUGGAAAUGGUCCGGUGAGACUUGGUACCCAGGGGCUUUUCCGCUUGUACUUAAAAACUUUUGUAGCGCCUUUUCUCCCGGCCCGACUGACCGCCCCUGGGUCUCCGAGGAUGUUGGAUUUCUUGAACAUGGAGCAAACGUUUUUCUGAAAAACAAUCAUGGUGAAACAGCUCUCCACACUGCCUGUCAAUCCGCAAACGCCUCUUGUUGUCUGUUAAGUUGUUUGAUUGAGAAAGGAGUCAAUAUCAACAGUUGCACAAGCGACAACUGUACACCAUUGAUGUUAGCUAGUAAAACUGGUGAUGCGAAGAAAGUAACAUUCCUCAUUGAACAUGGAGCUAAUGUGCAUGUUGAAGACCAAAAUGGUGAUACAGCUCUGCAUUAUGCCACACGUAGUCGACAUGACUCAUUCGAAGUUGUUGUCGCCUUGAUUGCAGCUGGAGCGUCUCAGAUGUGUAACAAUCAAGGACUAACUCCCCUUCUUGAAGCCAGCAAACGUCGUAAACCAGCAAUAGUGGAAGAAUUAAUCAAGAGUCCUGAUGUAACGAAAGAGCAAAGAAUUGAUUCUCUAGAACUUCUUGGUGCUUCUUUGAUUCUUCAACGCCAUUGUAGUUCUGAAACUACAGAUAAAGCAUUUUCAUACCUUAGGCGUGGCAUGGAAGAAAGGUUUGCUGAUUCUUUGCACCCUUUGUUGAAACAACCAAUGGAACCCAUUGAUGAUUAUCAAAAUAGACAAGAGAGUCAAUCUCUUGAGGAACUUCUAGAGAUAGUUGAAGACAGGAGUGCUCUUAUAGUGGAAAGUCUUAUUAUUAUGGAGAGAGUCCUUGGAAAAGAAAAUGCUAACCUGCCUGAUGCAUUAAGAUCUGCUGCAAAGUACUUUUUUGACAAUAAUAACUCCAUGUGUAUACGCAUGAGUAUUCAUAGAGUGAAAGUAUCCCAGUGGCUCAAUCAAUCAGCUUUUUCAGAGAGAGAUACUCUGUAUUGCUCAUUUAAAAGUCAUGCAGAAUUCUGGGGUGAUGAUAAAAACCAGGCAUUUGUAGUUGAAUUACUUGAGCUAAUCGUCUCUGAGAUUGACAAUGAAUUAUUAAGAGGAACAGCUAAGUCACUACCUAGAACAUUGUGGGGGUGUGAUUUGUUUGACUGUACGUUUCAGGUUAUAUCAUUGCUUUGCAAGAUUGAGGUAGCAAACACAUCAAAAGUUUCAGUGUUGCUUCAAAGACUGUGUGGCUUAAAUCCUAAAGAUGUUUGGGGCAAUACAAUCUUGCAUUACUUCUUAAAAAAGAAGUUUUACACCAAUGAGACAGAUGCAUUUGUAUUAAUAGAUGUUGUAAAGAUUCUUUUGAGUAGCGGAUUCAAUGUUAAUGUCACUAAUAACAGAGGAGAUACUCCACUUCACAUAGUGGCCACUAUGAAACCCAGCAAUGACGUGAUCCCCAUGUUCACUAACCUGUUGGAGAUCUUGUUAGAUGAAGGUGCUCAUCAAGAUUUUGUCAACCAUGAUGGUAAGACAGCCAUGGACUUGGCUGAAACUUAUGAGGCUUACAGUAUCCUUUGGAAGAGAAGAAAACUGGAAUUGAAGUGCAUCAGUGCCAGGGCUGUAAAGAAAUUUGGUCUUCCUUAUGUGGGAGUAGUGCCCAAAAUACUGGAGAACUAUAUAUCUAUGCAUUAG